AUGGGUAAUAAUUGCACUGGCUAAUGUGCGGGAUGUUAUAAAAGAGACAUUGAAAUAUUAGUAAAUAUCUUCAAUUCUAUUCUAGAAAAGCGAACAACAUUAAAUAUAAUCAGAAAAACCUUAGGAUUCAUUAAGCAGAAAAAGUUCGAAAAAUUUUGUAGAAGAUGCUAUCCCAUUAAGUAGUAAAAGUGAAAUCAAUACUAAACCUAUAACUAAAAGUGUUGUUGAUAUUGUUGGAGACAAAUCAAAGAAAACAAGGGCUGUUAUUAAAAUUUAAUCUUGUUGGAAGGGUUAUUCAGUUAGAAAAAAGUUUCCAUUUGUGAAUCGCAUCAAAACUAGUGUUGAAACUGAAGGAAGUAAAACAGUAGGCAGUUACUUUGGAAGAUUGAACAAUGAAUCAAAAUUAAAAAAGUAUAACUACACACAACAAUUUAAGAUUAGCAAAAAUGUAUAAUGGUUAAUGGUUGGGAAAAGAUAGACAUGGAAAAGGAAUCUAAUCUUGGCCAGAUGGAGCCCAAUAUGAUGGUGAAUGGGAACAUAAUAAAGCUCAUGGAAGAGGAAUAUUUCGUCAUGCUGACAAAAUUGAAUAUGAAGGAUAAUGGAAAUACAGUAAAGCAUAUGGCUAUGGAAUUAUGAGAUCUCCAAAUGGAGCUUAUUAUGAAGGUGAAUGGGAAAAUGAUCUUCAACAUGGAUAUGGCAAAGAGAAGUGGGCUGAUGGAUCCUAUUAUGAAGGUCAAUAUUAUAAAGGUUUAAAGCAUGGAAAAGGGAAAUAUAUAUGGAAGGAUAAUAGUUAUUAUGAAGGAGAAUGGUAGAAUAAUAAAAUUCAUGGAUUAGGAGCUUAUCAUUGGAUUGAUGGGAGAGGUUAUAUAGGAUAAUGGAGAAAUGGAAUGAUGAAUGGACAUGGAGAAUAUAGUUGGAGUGAUGGUAGAAAGUAUAUUGGUGAAUAUCUAAAUGAUUAAAAGGAUGGAUAUGGAGUAUAUAAAUGGGUAGAUGGCAAAGAAUUUAGAGGAUUGUGGUAGAAGGGAGUUUAACAUGGAGAAGGGAUUUAUGUUACAGUUGAUGGUAGAACUAAGAGAGGAUUAUGGCAAGAAGGCAAGUUAGUUUAAUGGUUGAAAUGA